UUCCUUUAGGCUUUGAGUUUUACUUGGAAGAUACCUUAGUAUUAGGGGAUUUACUUAAAAUCUCGGAGCUUUCAUUGAUGAUAUCUUGCUUAUAUAAAGAUUUAUUAUAGAUUAAAAGUGGAAAGGAAAGAAUUAAGAUUUAAAAUUAAGCUACAAACCCAAAAACAUAUAUCUUCAUCUUAUCAUUAACUCACACACCCAUGAUCAUGACACCCAAACCCCCCAUUAGCCUUCCAAACCCCCCAUUAGCCUUCCAAACAUCUCGCCUAACCCCUAACACACCCUUCCACCAACUACCAAGAUCCCUAAUAAAACCUAUCACUAAAAUCCCACUAAUUCCUCUUCUUCGAACAAAGUGCUGAAAUACAAGAAAUUAACUGUAAUUUUAGGGAUUUGAGUUAUUAGUGGGAUUAUUAGGGAUCUAAGUGGAAUGGAGCAACGGCAAAUUGGAAAGAGAGGGGCUUAGAAGGGGUUUAGAGGUAGGUUAUGGGGUAAGUGAGGGGUUAAGGGAGAGGUGAAAGGGAUGAAAGGAGGGGAUUUGGUAGUGGUGAUUGAUAGUUAAGAUGAGGUUUGGGUGGGGUUUGGAUAUUAAUGUGGAAAGAAGUAGAAAUUAGAAAAAUUUAUGCUGAGUGAAGAAUUUUCAUUUUA